AUUCAGCUAGUGAUUUCAUUACAGAAACUCCGUCGUUCCAGGAAAGUGAUUUCGCUAGACUUCCUAGGGUUUCGAUGCUCCCGCCGCCGUACGUGGAUAACACAAAAGCUUAAACAUCGCAAAUGAGAGAUGGAAGACGAGCUAAUCGCCGUUAUUCCUUGCUCUUCCAUUGUUGUUGAUUCCGUCCUCAGAUUCACAACGGCAGGUGCACUCUGGGGAUUUUGUUCAGCCCCGUAUGAUGCUCGUAAAAGAGGUUUAACUGGUCUUGCUCGAGCUUCGUUUGUGGCAAAGUCUGUCGGAAAAUUCGGAUUCCAAUGUGGACUUGUUGCCGGUGUAUUUGCCACCACUCGCUGUAGCCUUCAGAGAUACCGGAAGCAGAACGACCAGUUAAACACUUUAAUUGCGGGUGCCGUUGCCGGGGCUGCUGUUGCUGCGAGGACCAGAAGCUGGACAAAUGUGGUUGGGGUGGCAUGCCUCGUUUCGGCCUUCAGUGUUGCUGCUGAAGUUUCCAGAACAAAUUGAAAGUCGAGUGGCCUAAUCUAUGUCGAUUAGAGGUAACCAGGGAAUGGCCAAAGGAUUUUGGAAUUUGUAAGAGUAAACCUCUUAUGUAAUACAGAUUUGAAUAUGGAAAUAAUGCACAAGGUAAUCACUAUUGCUGCAAACACAAGCUGUUGCAUGAAU